AUGGCCCAGAUUGAGUCUAGCAGCUGUAGCAGCUCCUCCACCAGCAGCUGCGAAGGAAAAGGAGGAGGAUCCCACAAGCGCAAGGCCGAGUCACGUGGGGAAGUCGCCAACAAGGGCGCCGCACGUGACCGGCCCGCUUCGUCCCUCGCUGCUUCGCCUCGACCUCCAUCUUCCACAACAGCAACGCUGACGCCGGCCGAGUCCAGCUCCCCUUCUCCCACCACGAGCCCCCUGGCCCCCGGCAUUCUGUCGACAUCAAGUCUGCUCCUGGCUGAGGCUCUUCCCCGGGACAACUCCAACUACCCGUCCUUCACCAUGAAGACCGCCCGUCCCUAUCGCUCCCACAAAUAUCCAGCCUGUGCUCGCUGCCACAAACGGCGGUCUCGAUGCACCAUCGAAAUUCCGGGUCAGGCAUGCUUACUGUGCCGUAUGCACGGUGUACCUUGCUCUUCCGCCACGGCCAAGAAGGAUGAUCAUGUUACUCCCAAAGUUGGCUUCGUCCAUCGGUCCUUGCUUGCCGACGAUAGGUCUAUGGAAGGCUUUUCUCACAUUGUCGGCCCGGUCAUCGCACGCGACACCCAAGUUCUCGACCAGUAUCUACCCCAGACCAAUGGUACUCCCGGUCAUGUUCCUAUCCAACCGAGCCUCGGGAGACGAGAAUCGCAGAAGGCAAUUUAUCAUGUCCCUAUCCCGCCCAGGAGACCCAGCCCGACGGACUGCAACUGUACCAGGAACAUGCCGGGCGAAUUGCUUGAGCAAGUCGACCCCUUCCUAGAUAAACUGUUGGCCAACUAUUAUGAACAUUUUCAUCCCUGCUAUCCGGUCACCGACGAAGAAUGUGUCAUGUCGCGACUAAAGGACAGAAGUACGCUGCCUCACACAUUCUUCGUCAACAUCAUAGCCUACUCACUCUUCUAUUGGGAUACGUCGCCUGCAUUGGCGGGUUAUGCCAGACCUGAUCAGGACUUCGCUUGGCAGACGGCAGUUGCGGCAAACACCGCCGACAUGCAAAAGGGCGAUUUGACUACCAUCAUCUCAACGUGUAUCGACAUCUCUGGCCGGCCCUCACGUUGCUUGGUGAAAAACGUUGCCGACGUUGCGCGGGCGGUCGCCCUAUCCCAUGCGAUCGGACUGAAUCACGAUUGUAGCGAGUGGAAAAUUGGUGACACGGAGAAGAAACUUCGAUGGAAGGCCUGGUGGGGAGUGGUGAUACAGGAUCGAUGGUUCAAUUUUGCUCAAGGAACGCCUCCCUAUAUUUCGAAGGGCCAUUAUGAUGUCCCACUCCCGACGGUGGAGCUGCUCACUCAGGGUAGGGGCGGAUCUGUGAAACACGUUCGUGCAGCCGAAGUUUACAUCCAUCUCUGUCGACUGACGGAAAUCGUCGGAGAUGUACUCCCGCUCAUCUACCACAUACGCUCUGGAAACGACAGCCUUGCUGCCGAGCAAACCUCGAGAUCAGAAAUUGAACUUAACCGGUGGAUGGAAAGCCGUCCGAGCUGGCUGAACCUGAACGAUUUUAACAAUCGGCCUCCAGUGCCAGGUCUGGUCAACCUGCAGCUUUCGUAUCUCUCGGUACGCAUGCUCCUCCGACGCAUAGCCUGGCACGAGAUCAGCCAACGAGAGAGCGAUCCUGCCUCGUCGUGGCUACUCGGCUGCCAGGCAGCUGCAGAGGAUAUCGUCCGAUUCGUGAGUUCGUUGCACAAGCAGGACUUGAUGGGCUUCUGGCUACCCUACAAUGCUCAUCACUUCACGUCUGCGGUAACUCUGCUUCUCCGUUGUGCGCUUCAGACAAGCUACUCGAAUGUCCGAACUCAGUGCAUGGGAAGUGCCCGGACACUCGUGGACGGUCUGAGGAAAUUCCACGACGAGCAUCAAUGGGAUCUGGCAGAGACGGCACUGUCGCAGAGUGAGACUGUGCUAAAGCGUAUCGAGGACUCGUUACCCAAAGCGCCAAUUGUGGGAACUCCCAGUUUGCCCGCUGUGUCGAUGCGCGCCGAACCGAACGACACGCGUGGCUACGCCGAUGAGAAUAUGCUUGGUGAUCCACUGCCGGACGAUGCCUUUAUCACGCAACAAGGCCAAGGCUCGAUUGAGGAGUUGUUCCCCGAGAUCUUCUCGGAUUUCACAGACACUGCCUUGUUCGCUAGCUCGACCCACAAUGAGUACACUGAUUGA